AGCCCCGCCCCCGCUAUUCAGCCAACCCUGGGUGUCGAGGAGCGUCACGGGGACAGAUCCGAGAGACUCCGAGGCCCACUAGGGCAAGUGCUGAGCAGGGCGGGGGGUUGAUCCGAUCGCUCGGCAGAGUAGAAAAGGCCAGACUCGACCUGGGUGCCCUCCCCCCACAAUGGGCGUACAGCCCCCCAACUUCUCCUGGGUGCUCCCGGGACGGCUGGCCGGACUGGCGUUGCCGCGGCUGCCCGCGCACUACCAGUUCCUGCUGGACCUGGGCGUGCGACACCUGGUGUCCCUGACGGAGCGCGGACCCCCUCACAGUGACACCUGUCCCGGCCUCACGCUGCACCGACUGCGCAUCCCUGACUUUUGCCCGCCGUCCCCGGAACAGAUUGACCAGUUUGUUAAGAUCGUGGACGAGGCCAAUGCCCGGGGAGAGGCUGUCGGGGUGCACUGUGCCCUGGGCUUCGGCCGCACUGGCACCAUGCUGGCCUGCUACCUGGUAAAGGAGAGGAGUUUGGCCGCAGGAGAUGCCAUUGCUGAGAUUCGGCGCCUGCGACCAGGAUCCAUUGAGACGUAUGAACAAGAGAAGGCCGUCUUCCAGUUCUACCAGCGAACAAAAUGAGGGAUUCGGCAGCCUUGCCUUUCCCCUCCCCUACUCCUGCUGUGUAUGGAAAAUGUGGCCAGGGAGGAAGGGGCGUGGACUAAUGUACUGCAUCCUUCAGCUCCCUCUGGCUCCUAUUGGUCAAAAGUAGUCCUUCCCCCAAAACCAUAACCUGGCCGUCAGGAUGGGUGAGAGCCCAUGAAAAUGAGGUAAUAACUAAUAAGAACUCAUUACCACCGUGCUUGUCCACAGCACGCUCAGUACUUCAGCUCCCUGUAGCCCUGGGUUGGUGAAAAGACAGAAAA